AUGAAUCUCACAGAAGUUCAUCAAGAGAGGCUCUGCAGCCAGUCCUCCAACUCAUCCUGCUCUGGAAGAGUGUCACUAACAGCAGUCGAAGUGCUGAUGUAUUCGGCCACAGCUGCAGUCGUGUUACUGACGGUGUGUGGGAACCUGCUGGUGAUCAUCUCCAUCUGCCACUUCAAGCAGCUCCACACACCAACCAACCUCCUCCUCCUCUCUCUGGCUGUUUCUGACCUUCUAGUCGGAGUGCUCGUUAUGCCCUUCCACUUUUCUACAUUAAUACAAUCGCAGUGGUGCUUUGGUGCGGUGUACUGCACAAUUUGCAAUGUGGCUGGCUUUUACCUGCCGUGUGUGUCAAUUUAUAAUGUUUCUUUCAUUGCUAUGGACCGCUAUUUUGCUCUGUCCAAUCCUUUUUUCUACGCCUCCAAAGUUACAGUCAGGGUAGCUUUGAAGGUAAUAUCAAUAUUCUGGCUGUAUUCGUUUUUCUACAACUUUGCUCUUGUUUAUUUCAAUGGGAACAUCACUGAAGUGAAAACAAAUACUACAUGCGUUGCAUGUUCUGUAACAAUCGAUGAAGUAUGGGCUACAGUUGAUUUUGUAGCAGUAUUUGUUUUGCCAACCGCAACAAUGAUAAUCCUAUACGUGAAAAUUUUUGUUAUAGCUAAAAAGCAUGCAAAUACCAUUAGGUGUGUUAGAAAACAUCAUGUAAAGGACACUAGCAAAAAUAAUUCAGUGGCCUCUGAAAAAAAAGCAGCAAAAACACUAGGAAUUCAAGUGACUGUUUUCUUAAUGUGUUUAAUACCUUACUACUUAGGUGUUUUCAUUGACUUAAAUUUUAAGUUACAAUCUAAAUAUCUUGCAGUUACAAACCUUUUGAUUCCAAUCUAUAUGAAUUCGUCAAUGAAUCCUAUAAUUUAUGCUCUCUUUUACCCAUGGUUUCAGAAAUGUGUUAAACUCAUAGUCACUCUGAGAAUAUGUGACCCAGAGUCUUCACUAAUAAAUGUGCAUGAAAAAAGGACCUAA